AAGAGCAGAUCAAAUUUAUCCAAAAUGAUGAAAUGUCGACACAAUUUCUGUGUACAUUGUUUCAAAAAUCGGUUUAUGAUAUCACGCAAAAAAGAUGGCAAGUCUGUUUGUCCUGUAUGCAAUGUAGCAAUAAUUGAUAAGAAAGAAUCGAAAAAUACAGUGAGCUUUGCGCCAUUACCACCAAAAAUACGAGAUAAGAGAUGCCGUACUUGCAGUGAAGUUUGCAAAAGUAUAAAUAAAUGUAAACACUGUAAGAAUAAAUUUUGCGAGGCUUGCUGGACAAAUCAUGUCAAUGAUUUAAAAGAUGAAUUAAAUAAUAUAAACGGAGAUCUUCAAAUAUUAGCGACGAAAUUUGAAGAUAAAAUUAACAACUUUCGGGACAAAGCAAACGAAGUGAUAGAAUUCAUUAAUAGGGAUAUCGAAGCUAAAAUAAAUGAACUUUAUAAAAAAAGAGAGAAUCGAAUUAAAAAAAUAGAACGUAUAGUUGCCGCAGAAGAAACAUCUGUAGAUGAUAUUAGACAAAGAAUGCAAAAAGUUCAGAUUGAUGUAAAAGAACAGGACACAUCAUAUGCUACAUUAUCUGAUAAUGAGGAAAAGAUAAAAACAUUUUUGAAUUUACAACAAAGAGCUGCAGAAAUAAUGGCAACAGUUGCCAUUUGGGAAUCAGAAUUAAAUGAUAUUCAAACAGAACUCAGAAAAGUAAAUGACGACAAAGCAUUUAUAAGAAGGAACGCAGGUCCUUUAUACAAGCGAAGAACUUUCACACCAAAAGUUAUUGUGAACCGUGAUAUAGUGCAUCGACCGUCAGCAUUAGCCAUUGAUUCUUGGAGGAAUAACAUUAUUACAACUUGUCCAGGAUCGGGACAAGUUGUCAUUCUCGAUAGAAAGUUCAAACUUGUGCGAAGGAUUCGUCACGAGGAAAUGAUAGCACCUCAAGGAGUUACUUUUUUGCAAAUGCACGACGAAAUAUAUGUAACAGACAAAUGGAAGCACUGCAUUUUCGUGUUUAAUCACAAAGGAGAUCUUGUUCAUCGCAUAGGCAGUAAAGGUAAUGCAGAGUCAGAGCUGUGUUCUCCAGAAGGAAUCACGUUUCAUCCAGAACGUAGCGUGCUUUACAUCGCCGAUACUGGUAACAAUCGUGUCCAAAUUCUUGAGAAGGAUGGUACAUAUUUGAAUACCUUGGGUCCCAAGAAUAAACGUACAAGAGGCACUGUUACAUUCCAAUCAUAUAAAACUGAUCCAAUUGCGAGUCAGCUGAAUCAACCAACGGAUGUAGCCGUAACAGUAACGCGUGUUGUCGUUGCUGAUUCCGGCAAUCACAAAGUAAAGAUAUUUAAUCAUGAUGGAGAAAUUCUUCAAUCGAUCGGUGGUAUUGGCACAGCAAAUGGCUUAUUUAGAUCACCUGAAGUAUUAAAAAUUGAUGAGAAAGGAUAUAUCAUUGUCGGCGACGCUGAAAAUGGAAGAGUGCAGAUUUUUACCCCGGAAGGUAAAUUCUUACGAAUGUUAGGCGCCAAAAAAAAGCAAGGACAUAAAUUUGCAUGGGUAUCUGGUUUGCUAGUGACAAAUAAUUACGAUAUUUUAGUCUCUGAUAGCAAGGCUAAUUUUAUAUAUUUAUUUUAA